AAACCAGGUGCCCACUUACUUGUGAAAAAGGUAUUUGUUGGCAUCAUCAAAGAAAACCCUGAAGAAGAACAUCACAUAAGAGAUUCUUUAGAACAGUAUGGAAAAACUGAAGUGAUUGAAAUCAUGACUGACCAAGGCAGUGGCAAGAAAAGGGGCUUUGCCUUUGUAACCUUUGGCGACUGUGACUCCGUGGAUAAGACUGUCAUUCGGAAACACCAUACUAUCCAUGGCCAAGGCUGUGAAGUUAGGAAAGCCCUGUCUAAGCAAGAGUCGAAUGGGAGUGACAACUUUAGUCAUGGAGAAAACUUCAGUGGUCGUGGUGGCUUUGGUGGUGGAAGCUACAAUGAUUUUGGCAGUUACAACAAUCAGUCUUCAAAGUUUGGACCCAUGAAGGUAGGAAUCUCUGGAGGCAGAAGCUCUGGCCCCUGUGGUGGUGGCGGCCAAUACUUUGCCAAACCACGAAACCAAGGUGGCUGUGGUGGUUCCGGUAGCAGCAGUAGCUAUGGCAGUGGCAGGAGAUUUUAA